AUGUUGCAUUCCUAUUUGCAUUAAAAUCUUGCCCAAUUAUUUCUUAUAAAUUAUCCCUAGUAUUAUCAAUAUAAUCUGAAUGGUUUCUUAAAUACUAAAAUUACAUAAUAAUAACAAAAAAGAGAAGUAGAAGGUGUUUAAACAUAAGUAAAAGUUGAAGAUGAAGGAGAAGGAGAAGAAUAAUAAAAAAAAAUAUUUAAAAACAAUAAUUAAGAGAAUAAUGAUAACAAAAUUUAAAUAUUUCCUGGAUCUAGUAAAAAUUACUACAAGAAUAUAGGUUAAAAGAUAGUGAAAUUUAUAGUUGAAAACUUUUCACAAGAUUUUAAGGUAAUGAAUGAUUCAUAAAUUAAACAAUUUAUAAAAAUUUCAAGUCAGGGUUUCAAUAGAAGUUCAUUACAGAGACUUAAAAAAUCAAAAAUUGCUAGGAAAAUACUUAAAUUGUUCUUUUUAAAUUUUUAAUGGGUCAAACCUUUCAUAACAUAACAUAAAGCAGAAUUAGAUUUAUAUUUUCGAUAUAAUAAUCAAAGUUAUUGCUCAAUAACAAAAAAAACACAUUCAGGAGGAGUUAAUAUUAAUUAAAUCAAAUAAGAAGAAUGA